AUGGAAAAUAAUGAUCAGGAACUUAAAAACAUUGAAAAAGAAGUUCAGUUUUAUCUUAACAGAGUUGAUGAACAUCAAGGAACCUCAAAACAGAAUUCAAUGUCAGAACAAAACAUUACUGUGAUUCAGAAGGAACAAGAUUCAGAAGAUUUACUAACAGCUGUCCAGCUUAAGUCAGAGCUUAAAAGUGAGCCACCCAUGAAAAUAACAUUAAAGUCAAAAGCCAAAAGCAUUCGGUCAAAACUAUCUGGAAAGUCUAAAAUUUCCGACAAAUCAAAUGUUAAUUCAUUAUACAUUAAACAGAAAUUAAAAGUAGAAGAGUUGCGUGUUCGUGUGGAGUAUGCACAACAGGAAGCAGAACUUUUAAAACAAAAGGCCAACGUUGAAGCAAGUAUUAAAGUUUUGAAUACUCAGCGAGAAUUUGCAGAAAGCCAAAAAGUGUUUGAAGUAUUAGACGACUGUAUGGAAAGUAGUGAAGAAGAAUUUGAAGAUAAACACUUGUCAGAGACUAGAGAAAAAAGAAAUAUUUAUUACGAUAACAACAAUCAAGAAAAUGAUUUAUCACCAGUGACUCAGAUUACUACACAACCAGAUCCAAAGGUUGUGCAAACUUUAGAUACUAAGUCGUGUACGUUGGACACAAAGGCUGCACCAUAUUAUCCUACAACUAUUAAUAACUCUAGCGAGGAAUUGGCAACAUUUAUUGUUAAAAAAGAUCUUCUGAUAUCUAGAAUACAAAAGUUUGAUGAUAAGGCAGAAUAUUUUGGAUCGUGGAAAAAAUCAUUCUGUGACACCGUGAAGGAGCUGAGCCUCUCAGCAUCAGAGGAAGUGGAUCUGUUGGUUAAGUAUCUGGGACCAGAGUCGACAAAGUCUGCUGUUAGUAUACGUUCAGCAAACUAUUUGGACUUGUCCAAAGCACGUGACCGUAUAUGGGAACGACUACAUGACCGUUAUGCUAGACCGGAAAUGGUUGAAACUUCAAUUAAGCAAAAACUUAUGUAUUUUCCUAAGAUUACAUACAAAGAUCCAAAACAAUUAUAUGAUCUAUUAGACAUUGUUUCAGAAAUUGCAGCCAUUAAAACUUAUGAGCAGUACCGUCCAUUAUUUUCAUACUUCGACUCGUCUGCAGGAGUUAACCCUAUUGUCGCAAAGUUACCCUACCAGUUGCAAGAGAAAUGGUCGACAGAAGCAAACAAGUACAAGGAAUAUCAUUCUUCUUCAUAUCCACCAUUUGAAGUGUUUGAAAUAUUCUUACGAAAAAUUGCACGCAUGAAAAAUGAUCCGUCAUUUAUUUAUGAGGAUACAGGAAUAAACUCAGCUAAUGUGCACAACAUGACAAAACCAAAACAAAGGCAGCAGCAAAAUGUUUCAGUGCUAAAGACUGAUUUUCCUGUUACGAAAAAUCAACAGUAUACACGGAACACUAGUGACACUGUCUGUCCGUUGCAUAAUACAAAUCACACGUUAAACAAAUGUCGACAGUUCAGAUUAAAGCCGAUAAGGGAACAUCAGGAUUUUUUUAAGAGUAAAGGACUUUGUUUUAGAUGUUGUGGUCAAAAGGGUCAUCUAGCCAGAGAUUGUACGGCAGCCGUGACAUGUGAAGUUUGUAAGUCAACUACACACCCAACAGCUUUACAUAUUGAGAAAUUUACACACCAACAGCCAACCACAAAAUUUCAAGAACAGAAAACAGAACCAAAGUUGGAACAGGACACUCAAAAGGUGGUAACUGCAUGCACACAAAUAUGCAAGAACCGAGGAACUAGUAAAUCAUGCUCAAAGACGAUAUUGGUCCGAGUGUAUCCGAAUGGACAACCAGAAAACAGUUUACUAUUGUACGCCAUUAUAGAUGAACAAUCAAACAGAUCUUUAGCAAAAUCUUCAUUCUUUGAACAUUUUAAUAUUCAUGGACCUGAGGUACCGUUCACAUUAUCAUCUUGUUCCGGUAGCUUCUCUGAGUAUGGAAGACGAGCAAGCGAUUUUGCAGUAGAGUCCUUUGAUGCUAGUUGUAAAUUAAACUUACCUACUCUCAUAGAGUGUGAUCAGGUUCCUGAUAUACGUACUGAAAUUCCGUCACCGGAUGUAGCUCAUGCGUACAAUCAUUUGAGAGACAUUGCUGAUUUCAUUCCUGACAUUAAUGAUAAUGCAGAUAUAAUGUUGCUAAUAGGUAGAGACUUAUUGAAAGCUCAUCAUGUUAUUGACCAACGAUUAGGUACAGAGCAUUGCCCAUUUGCACAAAAACUCUUCUUAGGAUGGGCAAUAAUUGGUGAGAGUUGUUUGUCCGCUACACAUGUACAACAGGAUUCAGUAUCAGUACUGAAAACUUUUACAUUGAAGGAUGGCCGUACAACUACAUUAGAACCAUGUAAUAAUAACUUUAAUACCAAAGAUGGUUAUAUAUUUCAGACAACUCCUGAUGAUAAUAUUCCUGGACUCUCAAUUGAGGACAAAGAAUUUCUUGCAUUGAUGGAACAUGAAAGUGACAAAGAUGAGGAAGGUUGUUGGACAGCUCCACUACCUUUUAGGCGGGACCGAAUAAGACUUCCCAACAAUAGAGUACAGGCUCUCCGACGAGCAAAGUCACUGGACUAUAAUCUACAAAAGCACCCGGAAAAACAUUCCCAUGUUUAUGAAUUUAUGGGUAAAUUACUUACAAAUGGUCAUGCUGAAGUUGCUCCUCAAAUCACAGAACAGACUGAGUGUUGGUACUUACCACUUUUCGCUAUUUAUCAUUCAAAGAAACCAGGGAACAUAAGGUGCGUUUUUGACUCUUCAGCCAAAUUCAAUGAUAUAAGUCUCAAUGAUGUUCUACUGAGUGGACCGGAUCUAGUGAAUAGCCUUCUUGGGAUACUACUAAGAUUUCGACAACGUCCAGUUGUUAUCACAGCCGAUAUUGAACAGAUGUUUUAUAGGUUUUCAGUCCCACCAGAACAACGAAACUACUUAAGAUUCUAUUGGCACAAAGACAAUGAUCCAAAGAAUGAAAUGAUAGAAUAUCGAAUGACUAGACAUGUCUUUGGUAACAAGCCAUCUCCGGCUGUCGCCACUUUUGGCCUUAGAAACUGUGUUAAAACAGCUGAACAAGAUGUGCGUGACUUUGUAGAACGCAACUUUUAUGUUGAUGAUGCAUUGUGUUCCUUUGAUACUAGUGUUGAAGCAGUUGAUUUAAUUACUCGAACAAAGAAAAUUCUAAAAGAAGAAGGUAACAUUCGCUUACACAAAAUUUCAUCUAAUAAUUUGGAAGUUAUUAAAUCCUUUUCACCAGAUGAUCUUGCAAAAGACUUAAAGAAUAUAAAUUUGGAUCUGAAUGAGGCCCCACUUCAGAUAAGCCUUGGUGUUCAGUGGGACAUGUCCAAGGACUGCUUUACUUUUAGAGUUUCGCAACUAAAUUCAACAUCUAAACCAUUCACAAAACGUGGUGUGUUGGCAACAAUAAAUGGUUUAUAUGAUCCAAUGGGUUUUGUUGCACCUGUAACUGUAUCCGGAAAGAUUAUUAUGCGUGAUAUUAUGGCCUUACACACUGACUGGGACGACCCAUUGCCAGAAACAUAUUUAUCUAAGUGGAGUACAUGGAAGAAUUCACUUGAACAUUUGAACAACGUGACCAUACCCAGGUUAGAAUUAUGUGCUGCUGUGUUAGCAAUAAAUCUUAAAGACUCAGUAACUAGACACUUAACUUUGGAAAUUAACUCUACAUUCAUGUACACUGUUAGUCAACAGAGACGUUUUUAUGUUUAUGUUGGAAAUCGUAUAGAUAUGAUCCGUCAGUCAACCAGUCCAAGUCAAUGGUCAUACGUACCGUCGGAAGAUAAUCCAGCUGAUACAGCAACCAGAUUAAUUCUGCUAGAGAUAUAA